AUGGUGGAGCUGAACUCCACGCACCAUGCCGACGGCUCCACAUCUUUAGAUGUUCUCCUGAGGCAAAACCAGGAUCCAGAGCCCCUUAAAGCAGUCCCUGCUGCUGCUUCACUCCAGAUAGAGUCCCGAAAUGGUGAAUCAGCCUUGCCUCAUGACAGCACUUAUAGUCCACAACCUGGUGUCCACUUGGAGAUGACAGCACCUUUAGCUGCAGCAUCACCAGCUCAUGACACUUCUCAUGAGAACAAGUCCAUGGAACAGCAAGAAGGUCGGCCGAGGGGCCGUGAUGCAGUAACAGUCCAUGAACAAAGAGCACAAAUAGAGUGGGUGAAGAGGACACAGGGCUUUAUGAUGGUGUUCACAAUGAUAGUCAUUUCGACGACAUAUCAAGCCGGGUUAAAUCCACCUGGUGGUUCCUGGCAGGAUGAUCGAGUAGCUACAACAAUUUCUGCUGUUACAAACCCUAGCAUCACAUACAACAAUAGCAUCAAUGAUGCCGCUGCUUCUCCGAAGAACGUCAGUAGACGCCAAGCUGGGAAUCCGAUACUUGCAGACAAGUAUCCGACACGAUACAAUAUAUUUUUUAUUUCUAAUUCUAUCACCUUUGCCUACUCUUUAGGUGUUGUUGCCUAUCUGAUGUCAGAGACAAUCUUCCACACAGAGGGUAUGUUGAUCAAUGCAAGGAAACUGUUGCUCCUCAACAUGGCUUUUCUUCUGUUUGCAUUCUCAGCAGGCUGUGCUCGGGAUGUAUUUCGAUCACUUUUGCCACUAGAAUUCCUUGCCUUCUGUGUGAUUGUUUUCUACAUCGAUCGCUUUAAUGCAAAGAGAAAACAAGCGAGGCGUUUGUUGAUUGUUGGGGGAGACGUGGAAUCAAAAACCAAACAGAAACAACCUGUGUGA